GAAUAAGUUUUUUCGAUUUUAAAGAAAACCAACUAAUAAUAUAAAAGGGGGUUUUUCGAUUUUAUUUAAAAAUGUCGGUUUUUGAUCCAGAAAAGGUUUUUUGAUAAGCACCAAAAUUUUUGAUUAUUUUCUUUCUUUCGUUUAGUUUUUGUCGUAUGAUUAUAAUUUGAUAAAGUAAUGAUUUGAUCAUGUUUGGGGAUUAUUGUUUAAUUUUUAAAUGGAUUUGAAACGUGAUCGGUGGGAUUUAAAAGGAUUUUCGGCGGUUUUCGAGUGGAUUUUAGACCAGUUUUGUCUUAAAUAGUUUUGAGAAUAUGACGAAUGUAAAUCGAAUUAGGGUGGUUGUUCUUGGGGCUCCACGUGUCGGAAAAUCAGCUGUGACAGUGCGUUACUUAACAAAGCGGUACAUAGGAGAAUAUAGUUCCACUAGUGAUUUCCUCUACAGGCAUAAUGUAACCUUCGACAAUGUAACAACGGAAGUUGAAAUAUUAGACACUUCAAAAUGUGCGAAAAACGGCUGCCUUUACGAACACAUCCGGUGGGGUGAAGCUUUUGUCGUCGUAUACGCGGUAAACGACCGGCAUAGUUUUCACGAAGCCCAAGAACUUUUGGGACAACUUUCAAAGCUGAAGCUACCAUCAUAUUACACCAGUUUGCUAUUAGGGAAUAAACGCGAUUUGGAUCACUCUAGGCAAAUUUGUGUGGAUGAUGGUCAAGAACUUUCCCUUCAGUAUGGUUGCCAAUUUUACGAGGUGAGCGCUGCUGAAAAUUUCGCUGGAGUUUCAUUAGCUUUUCAAUCAUUGUUGAGAGAGGCGAGAUCGGUACAACUAUUGAAAGCGCUACCAAUAAGAAGAAAAUUAGGGGUGAAUAGUGUUUCGAAAGUUCUCGGGAAUAUAUUCGGGAAGAAUUCUAAAGGCGAUCGUAAAAAACGGCCUUCACUUAGUAUUUAAUUUCUUUUAUUUCUUUUAAUUGUAAUGAGAAAAACAAGAAGAGGGUUACUAAGAAAGUUCCUUAUUAAUUUUUUUUAAUUUUAAAAAGUGCCUUUGAUGGAAAAAAUGAAUUUAUUAUUAU